GCGGGCGUGUGCACACGGCCCGGGCGGUGGGCUUCUAGGAGGUCUUACCGAGGACGUCCACGCCGCCUCCCCGAGCGUGACUCGUCGCCUUGGUUGGUUGGUACCCAUGGCGUCGGUUGAUCCCGCCGGUGGCGACCUGCCUGCUGCUUUGCCGGUGGCCCUCUCUUUGUGGAGCUGGGCUCACUGCUGUUCCCAGCUGGUCCCCUGGCUCUGACGGCGGGGUCUGCUGUUUAAGGUGGUGAAUAUUUUAUUCAGCUGGGAAAUAGAAGAGUACUCUGAGUAAAAAUAUGCCUCCCAAGUUCAAGCGACACCUCAAUGAUGAUGAUGUCACUGGUUCUGUGAAAAGCGAAAGGAGAAAUCUUUUGGAAGAUGAUUCAGAUGAAGAAGAGGACUUUUUUCUAAGGGGGCCAUCUGGACCAAGAUUUGGACCUAAAAAUGAUAAAAUUAAGCAUGUUCAGAAUCAAGUGGAUGAAGUUAUCGAUGUCAUGCAAGAAAAUAUUACAAAGGUAAUUGAAAGAGGGGAGAGACUAGAUGAACUACAGGACAAAUCAGAAAGCUUAUCGGAUAAUGCAACUGCUUUUAGCAACAGAGCCAAACAACUUCGAAGGCAAAUGUGGUGGCGUGGAUGCAAACUCAGAUCAUCCUGCACUGGAAAAAAUGAAGUUUACCUCCAAAACUGUCAGGAUUUAACGACAGUGAAGAGAACACAGAAAUUCAAAUAGCUUUGUAAAUAGUGGUUGGUACUGGGUGAAAUCAGGUCACUGUUUUUAUGUGUGCAACUUGCCCUCGUGACUUGUGUUUAACUGCAGACCUCGUCUUGCAGCAAUUUUGAGAUUAUAAUACUAACUGGUCCUCCUCCUGAUUGUUGGUCAGUAAUACAGAUGGGCUUUUGCUCCCCUCUUCUAACAAAGCUCACUAGAAAAUGCCCUGAGAUGUUAUAAACAGGGAGAUUUCUUUAUUAAAGGGAAGUUCAAUAUCAAAGCUAGAACAUUGCCUACAACGGAGGGAGGCUAACUAGUACACCCUCGCGAUAGCUCCCUGUGGACUCCUGCUGGUGUAGUCUUUCUGUGCAUUUCUGUACGCAGCGUUAGGAAAUUAUAAUGUUGCCAUUUUUAUUACACAAAUUGGCAUCUUUUGAGUCCUGUGUGGCAUGCGGGUGUCCUGUGGCUGCUUCUGCGAGCAUGGACUGAGGUCUCUGUUGCCAGCACCUUCUUUAGCGGGCUCCAUGUGCUGUCACCACCCUGGCUCUGUGUCCACAUCUGGAGCUACACUGUGGUGAAAAUAUGCAAGAAAUUGUCUUUCCUCGUUGGGAACAUGUGCCACUAGGUGUCUCUAAUUGUGUCGUGUCAGAGUAUCGCUCAGUCCAGGGUUGUUCUGUUCGUCUAAUUUUGUCUUCACGUGGAAACGUCUUGGGGGCUGUGACCGGGGAGUCAGUGUGAAUCAGCAUGAACACAUUUGAGAACGCUGUGUGGUGUUGACAUCAGUGCAGGAAAUCGCCACAAAGCAAUUUAAAGACACCGUGGCUCAUCAGAGACUGACAGGUGCUGUACACCUUGAUCCCUACGUAGUUGUUUUUUUUCGUGCCAUAGACAAACUGGCACCAGCCCUUAGACAGAUGCAGGGUAUGGGUGGGUUUUUUUUUGUUUUUUGUUUUGUUUUUGAGAUGGGGUCUUGCUGUGUUGCCCACACUAGACUCAAACUCCUGGCCCCCAGGAAUCCUUUAGACUGAGCCUCCAGAGUAGCCAGGACUGUAGGCAUGUGCCACCAUACCUGGCUUUUUAAGUUUAAUGUUAGUCUUACUCGAUCUUUGUUUUUGUUUUUCCUGUCCCCCCCCCCAAAAAAAAAAUCAAUUAGAAUGAGGGAUAUGGACAUAAACUCUUUGAUUCUGAGUGUGAGGAACACAUGGGUAGAAAUUAAAAGGAAAGCAUGACUGACCCGGUUUUAGGGGAUACACAUAAGCUAGAGAGCAAGGACUACACCAUGCUCCCAUGUCUCCCCAGCUCCCUGCACAGAGCUUCGUGCUCAGCAGGGGCUAGAUAAGUGUGCACUGCUUGAAAGUCACAAAAACACCAGUGUAAGAGCCGACUGCCACACUGUUCCCUGGAGAGGGGACAUGGUUGACAAAACAGUGGGACCUUCAGCUUUACCUAGAGAGUAUAGUUCUUAUACUAACUCAGUAUAGAAAAUUCUGAUUUUACAAUAUGCAUUAGGUUCUUUUCAUCUGAAGAGGUCAUGAAAUCAAGUCACAUUAAUUACUUUAGGGCUACAAAGUAAAUUGCAUAAAUCAGAGAUUUUAGUAAAAUGUCAAAAAACAAACAGAAAAUUUAAGCACUUGAUUUUAUGUCUUGGGUAUAUGUCUUCUUUUUACCUUCCACAUUCCUUCACUCAACUGUUUGCUAAGUGCCUUUGACAUUUUAGAUGUAUGCUGGGAGUUGACAAAUGUAAACGUCGUGUGCCCUGGUCUUCAGCUUCUUGAUUCCUUAUAACCAUUUUUUACCAGUGUUGCCAAGUUUGGUCCUUUGUGUGCAUAUAAGAUAUGUAUUUGUAGCCUCUCCAUAGUAAACAGUGAAAUAAACUAUUUCAUAGAAAAUGAAAA